UCAGCGGAGAGCGAAAAAGGAAAGAAAAGAAGUGCCGCUGAUCCUGUUGGUUCUUGCAAAAGAUUCAAUUUUUAGGCCGGUUUGAGUGACUUCGAUCUGGUGUGGUUCUUGCGAAAGAUUUGAUUUUCAGGUCCAUUGUGAGAGUUGAUUUGAGCUAGUCAGUUUGAUCAGGUUCCAUUGUGAGAGUUUCUGUGAGUCACUUUGAUCUGGUAAGGUUCUUAUGAAAGAUUUGAUCUUUGGGUCCAUUAUGCCAGGCAUCUUUGAUUUGUUUUCAGUUGGCGAAGGUUUUAAUUCAGAAAUUCAAAGCAUAGGAUAUUCGAUGUACGCAGGGAAGAUACUGUAAUUGUAGGUAGUUUUGGAGUUAAAGAUCUGAGAAAAGAGAAGUUUUCUGAAAAAAUUGUGGCUGGAGAAAGGAAAAUUUGUGAAGUGGAAAGAUGCUGUAAUUGUAGCCAGUUUUGGAGUUAAAGAUCUGAGAAAAGAAAAGGCUUUUGAAAAAAUUGUGGCUGGAUAAAGGAAAAAUUGUGAAGUGAAUGGAAGAAGUGAAAAGAGGCGGGGAGAUGGGAAAGGCCAUCAGCGGGCGCAGUGCUCGGCCUUGCGACGGGUGUGGGCGUGAGAGAGCGCGGUGGUAUUGUGGUGCAGAUGAGGCGUAUUUGUGUGAUCCUUGCGACAAGUCUGUUCACAGUGCCAACGCCGUUGCUCGCCGCCAUGAAAGGGUGAGAUUUUAUGGCAAUCAGGUUCAGGAGCCUUUACUUGAGUUGCUCAGUACUUCAGGUGCCAGCAAGAGGCGGCGAACCAGUCGUCCUCAUCCGCAGCUUAAAGCAAAGGUGAAGGAGGAAAUGGAGUCUCCAUCUGCACCUGUGGUUGUGCCACAGAAUCUUCUGCUCGACUCGGACGAUCAUGAUGACGAAUUGCUGCCUCAGGUGCCGAUCUUUUUGCCUGCUCCUGCUCAACAAUUUGGGAUUCUUCUGGAGACUCGAACCGAGGAUGUCCAGGAUGGAGUAAAAAUGAAAGUUUGCGAUUUCAAUUUUUCGUCCUCCAAGGAGACAAAUUGUGAGCCUGUGGUUGUACCGGAAAGCGAUUUGCACCAUUUCUUGGACUCUGAGACUGAUCUUUUCGCUCUGGAUAUUGAUAUGGACAUGGAGAGCAUCAUUGGCCAGGGUCUGGGAGAAGAUGGCUUGGGCGUGCUCAGAGAUUUCAAUGAUUUUGCGAAGGACGUGAAGGAGGAGGAAGAUCGAUCCGAUGAUCACGGAUUUUCUGACAAAAUUGUGAAAUUGGAGGAGGCCGAGCCUGAUCAGUCCUGGGACACGAUCGAGAUAAAUAUUGACUAUGAUGAGGAGGAAAUGGAAGGAGUUAACAUGACUCGAACUCCUGACCUGCCCGACGAAAGAGGACAUUGUAAGAUCGAGCUGGACCUGGGUUCGAAUUUUGGUGAGGCUGAGAAAAAGAUCUCGCUUAAGCUCAAUUAUGAAGAUGUGUUAAUUGCCUGGUCCGAUCGGGGCUCGCUUUGGGCUGCCUAUGACGAUUGUACAUCCGACAUGGCUGGAUAUCAGAGUAAUCUUGAGGUGGGUGUUGUUCCAGACCUGGGCUUGAACGGUGGGCAUGUUGGAGGAAUGGUGGGAAUGAUCAACUGUGGAGGAGAACAAGAGUCGCGCAGGCAUGGAGGAAGAGAAGCUCGGGUUCUAAGGUACAGAGAAAAGCGCCGCACAAGGCUAUUUUCCAAGAAAAUCAGAUACGAAGUACGUAAGCUCAAUGCAGAAAAGCGACCAAGAAUGAAGGGUCGAUUUGUGAAGAGAACAUCCGACAUGACAUCUGAUUAAGGAAGCAGCCUUCAACCACUGCUAACAGUAGGAAAAAAAUUGUAAAAAAAAAUUAAAAAAUCUCUCAGACUUACAUUUUAUCUCCAGUCUAGAGUUGGAAAAUGUAAUAUAUGAUACUCCAUUGUAUGCGAACUUACACCUAAUCGAGAAUUAACGUGUAAGAUAUAUUGCUCUAUAUUUUGUUGCAUUUUUUAAUUCAUCCAUCGAUCAAUUUUGAGAGA